GCAUUUACAGUUCAAGUAACGUCUAAAGUCAUUGUCGCUAGUAAACAGUUCCUUACAAAAUGACUGAACAAACCAAAGCUAAGAAGGCUGCUCCUAAAAAGCCAGCAUCUCAUCCAACUUACAUUGAGAUGAUCACUGCUGCCAUCGGUGCUUUGAAAGAAAGAAAUGGUUCUUCUCGUCAGGCAAUCGCCAAGUACAUUCAAGCCAACUACAAGGUUGAUGCUGGCAGCAUGAACACCCACCUUAAGAUCGCUUUAAAACGCGGGGUUGAUAGCGGAAAACUAGCCCAGCCCAAAGGCACAGGCGCUAGCGGAUCGUUCAAACUAAACCAGGCUGCAGCCAAAGCAGAUGCAGCUGCAAAGGCUAAAAAAGAAAAGGCUAAGAAGAAGGCAGCAGCAGAAAAAGAAAAGAAAGCUGUAAAGAAAGCGACAAAGAAAGCUAAGAAACCAGCUGCCAAGAAGGCUAAGAAGCCAGCAAAGAAGGCUUCCAAGUCACCAAAGAAGGCAAAAAAGCCAGAGAAGAAAGCGGCCAAGCCAAAGAAGACAAAGUCUCCUAAAAAGGCCAAGGCAAAGAAGCCAAAAGCCAAGAAGUCUACCAAGUCUCCAAAGAAAUCUAAGAAGUAGACGGUGUAUUUCUCAAACCAAACGGCUCUUUUCAGAGCCACCA